AUGCGCCGUGCGUUGCUGAACUCGGCGCGCGAGAAGCGAGCGGUGCCCCACCCCCGCGACCGCUCGGUGCGGCAGCUGGAAAAGAAGGAGAAGCGCGCAAUCCGAUUAGAUGCGCAGAAGACCAGGCUCAAGACGGAGAAAAUGCUACAGUUGAUGCGGUUUUUCUGGUUCCGGGAGCAGUGCAUUACCCUCGGCUACACCACCGCUGCCGUCCCGGACGAGACGGUCGCGCAGCUCGUGCAGCUAUACGUGGGUCGCAACAAGGAGGAGAUGUCGGCGCUGCAAAUGCAGCGCAACCCACCGGUCGGCCGCAUUAAGGCUCUUGAAGCAACCCUGCAAGUCGAGGAGGAUGAGCUGCAUUCAGCGAAGGGACUCCGAGUGCCGAACAUGACAGAUGCCCAUGACGUCGAGAUAUUGACAGAGAUAUGGGACGGGACGCAGGAGACCGUGACGGUGGUGCCAGUGACCGGCUUUUCGAUGCAGCACCGCACGCCACCGACGAAAGAGGCACUCGAGGAGCUGUUGCAGCGCCUGCGGCCGGUGGCGGAGAUCCGCAAGGAGGCGCCCGUGAAGCUGCCGAAGGGAGUUAUCAAGUUUCAUGCCGUGCAGCCGUGCAACAAAGUGUCAGUCAAGAAGACGGAGGACACCGCCGUGAGUGUCAGGUUGCGCGUGAAAGCGCGCGAAGAGGCAAAGCAACAGAAGCGGCUCACGGAGCAGCGCCGCGCUGCAAUGGCGAGGCGUCGUGGUGUGCCUACGGAGGAUUACGCCAAAGUGCGCGGAGAGCCGACGUGGAAAGAGUAG